UUUCAGAUGCAGGGUAUUGGUAUUAAGACACAAGACCAUGGAAUCUUACCUGCAAGCAAAGACAUUGUAAAAUCUGACGACAUUGUGAUUUGUGGAUAUGCAAUAACGUGGAACGCGUUAACUGGUACCGAAGCGUAUAAAGACGGCUUUCCAGCAUACACGUGUUGAAUAUUGCCGCGUACGUGAAAAAUGUUCAGCUGUGUCCAAGAACAUAGUUUGGUUAUUUGGUUAAUCGUGUGGUAACCUAACCUAACCAAACAAUCACAGCAAAGGUUUUAAAACGUGUACAUAGUGGAAACCCUCCUUGAGAAGCCGAGAACCAACGUUUCACGUGGUGCUUCAUAUGUAAAUACUGCUUUAAAUGAAACGAUAAUUAUUAUAAUCAACAGCAAUAUUUCAUAACGUAAAAAUCAAAAUACAUCGUGUUCCUCGACAAUUCCAGCAAUGCUCAACUUGAAUCUUACAAAUUUAGCUAUAUGUACCUCAGAAAUCGACGAAAAUCUAGAUGGAAGCUUAAAUUUCAUCAUCAAGCAUUACCUCCAGAGUAUUUGAAUCAUUAUGAAGCAUCUAUGAUGUCUCCUCAACCAUCUCCAGGGAUUUCAUCAUCUCCUACACCUGUCCUUUUCACGGGAAAUGUCAAAUCAAAACUACCACCGGAAGCUCAAACUAGUGUCCGUUUUGAUGAUCUACCAUACAUGGGAGAGAUGACAUUAGACAAUGCAAAACCGCGAAGGGGACGCAAACCAAAAAAGGCUGAUAUAUGUCACUUGAUAUAUAAAAACUACGGUACAACUGUCGUAGAAGAACCUUUGAACCUAUGCGUCAGGGACCAGAUAUCAUCGAUAAAUGAUUUUCAACUACCUGGAUCUACCAGUCUCCAAGAAACAUUGAAUCUUCAAUCAAAAGACUCCAAACGUAAGAGCAAAAAGUCACUGGCAAGAGAGCGUUUGGAAAAAACAUUCAAAGAAAAAGGGUUCUUGAUACAGACCCAACAAUUAGAAUCCGCGCAAGGAGCCACGUACUGUAAAUUUAGACAGUUAAGGAAGUUUACACGAUAUCUGUUUAGAAGUUGGAAACAUCAUUUACCUGGUGAUGUCGUAGACAACGGUGUCAAUAGUCAGAUUACCUGAAUUGUCUACUAAUUAAAUAAUUUGAUUUAUAAGUGUUGUUUCUAUGAGUGAAUUAUAUUUAAUAAUUCUUAGAACUCAAUACAUGGACGAGAGUGAAAUGUGAAUAUCUAAGUGUUUAGAAGCGAAAUUAAAAUCAAUGUGUUAAGAACACAAUUUAAUAAAUUUAUUGGAGACAAAGAAGUUUUAUCGGUGAGUGUUAUUAUACAAUUUUGAAAAAGAAAAAUGUAUUUGCCAAAGUAAAACAUCGAAUAUAAAUGUCUAAAUGACGUUAAAAUGUAAACAAAACACGAGCAUAAAGCAAAAUAAUAAAGCUUUGUUAUUUGUUUUAUGAAAUCUUUACAGCUUACUGUACAAUAAGGGGUACAUCCAAUAUUCCUUAAUAGGAAUCAUUAACUCGUGUAGUUUAAUUUACAUAAAUUAAUACCAUCGUAAUUUAAACAAAGAAAAUAGUUAAUUAUUUGGUGACAAAAUAAAAAUAUUGAAAAAGAGACUAUCCAUCAUUAAAUGAGUUUUUAAUAUUUUUAAUUCUUAUGAUUCAUGAAACACUGACAUGGUAGCGCUGUGGCGUUAAAAAUGAAGAUUUUCAUUUUGUUUACUUCCUUAAAUACACUUAUAGAUGGGCAAUGAGACGAAGGGUGACCUUGAUAUUUUCACAAUACUAUUUUAAAAACCACUUUCAGUACAAACGUGGACUUUAUAAAAUUAUAUUGUAAGAAAUAGCGAAGUAAAAAAAAGAAAGUCUAAAAAAUAGUCUACAUACUCGUAAGUCGUAUUAUAGUUGUAACUCUCUUUAUAAUAUGACUUCGUGAGAUUCAAUUUUCAUAAUUAUUUAUAUUAACACUGUUUCCAAAAUUAUUGGUCAUGUCCUUAAUAUUCUGUUGUGUCAUAUUAUACAAUAAUACGUAACAUGUGCUUAUAAUGUUUGUAUCUUAUUUCUUAAAUAAAACGUGCAAAAAAUAUAAACCAACAGUCAUGAGAUUCAUAAGUCAUAACAUAUGACAGAUGCAUAUUGAAAAUAGGUAUAAUA